AGGAUUGCUCCCCUGCCCGGCGCCGCCUACGCCGUCGGGCCCGACGCCGACGCCGACGCCGACGAGCCGCCUGGCACGGCAGCCGACGGGCUGCACGGCGCGCUCGCGGAGGGCACGUUUGGGGCCGUGGUGGUGCCCGCGGUCAAGGUCGACGUCGCUGGCGCGGGCGGCUGCGGACUCACGCCGAGCUCGAGUAGGGCCCAGGGGAAGUGGAAGAGUGGCGCGGUGUGGCGAGGCGAGGUGUGGCGCGCCCUCGGCGGGCGCUCCGACGCCGUAGAACUCCGCAGCCUGUUCUUCGACGGCCGCGUCGUCUUCCUCGAGGA